GGAUGAUGUACUCAUGUCUCUUCUUUCCCCCCCAAAGGUAUCCAGACUGGAAUCCAAAUGUCCCAAGGAGGGACCCGUCUCAAGGUCAGGAUGCUUGUGCCACCUGGCAGUCCCUAGAACGCUCUCCCUCCCGCUCAGUCUCCCGUUCCUUGUCCUGGUCCCCCUCUCCCACCCCCUCCGGACCGAAGCAGAAGGAUCUCUCCGCCCACCUCCCAUGGACACGCCCCCCACACCUCUGGCCGGCACAGCCCCUCCCAGUCCCAUCGGGGUUCUGCCUCCAGCGCUCACAGGCCAGAGAAGAGAACCAGUGAAUCCUCAGGGAUAUCUACUGGGAGCUCUCGAGAAGGCCUGAAGCGUUCCAGAAAUGACCCCGCCAAGUGUGCGACUGGCCACGGCAACAGAUCAGGGGUUUCUGGGAAACACGAGUCCGGGAAACGUGAGUCCUAUUUGUCGUCCACCAGCAAGUUUCCGGCAUCCAUGUCUGAGAAGCCACAUCGCCCGUCUUCCUCUGCUUCCUCUAAGCCAGGCGCCAAGCCAGCGGCCGGGAAGGAGACCGCCUCAGGACAGGACUCAGAGCUCCAGUCCUCCAACGCGCCACAGAAGAAGCCGGAUCCAACGCAGCAGAAGAAGAAUCCUCCAGGUUCCUACUUGCUCUAUCUGUCGGGCCUCCCUGUAGAUGCCAAGUACCAGGAAGUGGUGUCACUGGUGCAGUCCUUCGGCAAGGUCACCAACGUCCUCAUCAUCAGGAACGAGGAGGGGGAUGAGGACCAGGGCAGCCGCAAUACAGUAAAGCCACUGUUUGCAUGCAGAAAGAGCAGGAUGCUAAAGCACUGGCUGAGUGCCUCACUCUCACCAUACGGAACACCCCAUCUCUGUCUCCGACCAGAAUGGCGAGGAGGAGCUUACUUCGAUACCUGUCAUUAUAAAGGGAGAAGUGAUCGGUGCUCCCAAGACACCUGCAGCCCCCAACGAGGCCAACUUGACCGUCAGAGACCCAGUGCCCACAACUGUAUGUCUAACAUGUCUCUGGCCCUCUACGGCAUGGCAGCCUUCCCUCUCUGUAGAGGUGCAUCAGGGGUGAGACCAUGA